AAGGAAUGGAAGCAACGGCAAUGGCAGCUCAACGAGUUCUCAAGGUCGUCGGGUUCAAUGGUUCCCUCAGUGCUACUUCCAAAACUCGUGGUCUCGUUAAAGCCGCGGUUGAGAUAUGCAAGAAGUCUAUACCGGGAAUGGAGAUGGAGUUCGUUGACAUUUCGCCGUUGCCGUUUCUGAAUCCUGAUCUUGUGGUGAACGGAACUGUUCCACCUGAAGUCGAGGCUUUUCGUAAGAAGAUGGCAGAAGCUGAUUGUUACUUUUUUUCUUCUCCAGAGUACAAUUACUCUGUCUCUGGUCCCCUGAAAAAUGCAAUUGAUUGGGGAUCUUUUCCUACAAAUGUUUGGGGUGAUAAAGCAGCAGCAAUCGUGAGUACUGGAUAUGAUUUUGGUGGAGGACGAUCACAAUAUCACCUCCGACAAAUGGGAGUCAGAGUCAAUAUUCAUUUCAUUAACACACCUGAAUUUUUCCUGAAUGUAAAUGAACCACCACCAAAGUUUGACGAGAAGGGCAAUUUGAUAGAUGAAGAAACCAAGAAGAGGCUCAAAGAAAUUCUUUUGGCUUUACAGGCAUUUGCCUUGAGACUCGACGGCAAUUGCAAAUAAAUAGCUUCUCCCACUCAAUGUGAAUUGAUCCCAUUCAACAUUUCCCUUUCGUAUGAAAAAAUAAUAUCUUCUAAUGAGACUUUCGAAACAUUUGGCUAGUUGAUUGGUCGAUCAUGUUAGCAAGUUUCAUGGCCAUUGGCCAUUGAUGUAAUGUCAGGAUAAAUAAAAUCUGUCUUGAGUAUAAACUAUUUUAAGUUAUUAUUAUCAUACUUAAGUUUCCUCUCGAA